CCCCGCGCGGCGGCGGCGGCAGCAGCAGUGGCAGCGACGACCGGAGCCCGCAGCAGCUCGGAGCGCCUCCGGGAGGACAGGCGGCGAGCUCGGCGAAUCGUCAUCUGCCAGCCGAGCGCGGAGCUCCGCCGGCCAGGGCCGGGGUGGGAGCCCGAAGCGAGCCCGGACGCGGCUUCUGCCUCCGCCCGCGCGGAGAUUUCGCCGGCUGGGCUGGGGGCGCCACUAGCCGCCGCCUGUGAACGUUGGGGGUGCGCGGGGCUGCGGCCACGGCGGCGGUGGCGGCGGCGGCGGGAGCCGCGAGUCGGCGCCGCCCGGGCUGCGCUUCGCCCCGGCAGCAGCGGCGGCGGCGGCGCCUGUGGCUCAGGAUGCGGCCGGGGGGCGCGCUGCUCGCCCUGCUCCCCAGCCUGCUGCUGCUGCUGCUGCUGCGCCUGCUCUGGUGCCCCGCAGACGCGCCCGCCCGCGCCAGGAUCGUGGUGGAUGAAAGCAAGGAAGGCACCCACGGCACUCCCGCAGCGCUGAGGACGCUCCGGAGCCCGGCGACCGCGGUACCGCGCGCCACGAACAGCACAUAUCUGAAUGAGAAGUCGCUCCAACUGACGGAGAAAUGCAAAAAUCUACAAUAUGGCCUUGAGUCUUUCUCUAACAAAACGAAAGGGUAUUCAGAGAACGACUACCUUCGGAUUAUCACAGAUAUACAGAGUUGUCCAUGGAAACGGCAAGCAGAAGAAUAUGCAAAUUUCAGAGCAAAACUUGCUUCCUGCUGUGAUGCUGUUCAAAACUUUGUUGUUUCUCAGAAUAACACUCCAGUUGGGACUAACAUGAGUUACGAGGUGGAAAGCAAAAAAGAAAUCCCAAUUAAAGAGAACAUUUUUCAUAUGUUUCCAGUGUCCCAGCCUUUUGUGGAUUACCCUUAUAAUCAGUGUGCGGUGGUUGGAAAUGGGGGAAUUCUGAAUAAGUCUCUCUGCGGAGCUGAGAUAGAUAAAUCCGACUUCGUUUUUAGGUGUAACCUCCCUCCAACCACAGGAGAUGUUAGUAAAGAUGUUGGCAGUAAAACAAAUCUUGUGACUGUAAAUCCCAGUAUCAUAACUCUGAAGUAUGGGAACUUAAAGGAAAAGAAAGCCCUAUUUCUGGAGGACAUCGCAACCUAUGGAGAUGCGUUUCUUCUUCUGCCAGCGUUUUCCUUCAGGGCCAACACGGGUACGUCUUUUAAAGUGUACUAUGCACUCGAAGAGUCUAAAGCAAGACAAAAGGUUCUGUUUUUCCAUCCCAAGUACCUGAAACAUCUGGCGCUUUUCUGGAGAACUAAAGGUGUGACCGCAUACCGCCUGUCCACCGGCUUGAUGAUCACAAGUGUUGCAGUGGAACUGUGUGAAAACGUGAAGCUGUAUGGAUUCUGGCCCUUCUCUAAAACUGUAGAAGACACGCCUGUCAGCCAUCACUAUUAUGACAACAUGCUACCUAAACGUGGUUUCCAUCAGAUGCCCAAAGAGUACAGCCAGAUCCUCCAACUUCAUGUGAAAGGAAUCCUCAAACUGCAGUUUAGCAAAUGUGAAGUUGCCUAAACAAAGUAUCUUAAAAUGGGAAUAAUUUUAAUAUGAUGCAGUAGGAUGUACUUCAAGGACAUGAACAGUUACAAUACCCAGUCUUUCUUACCUGUUGUCUUGUCUGUGGGGUCACCCAUUCAAUUUUGUUUUAAAAUUAUUGAAUAGCUACUUCAUACCAGGCCCUGCACUAGGCACUGUGAGAGAGCGAGAAGGAUUAUUUCCUCUUGUAGGAGAAAAUAGAUGUGUAUAUCAUUAAUUAUGAAAGGGUACGGUAAGUAUUAUAAUGACAAAAGCUAUGAAUAAAGUGCUACAAGGAACAGAAGCAGGGAUCAUUAAAUCUAUUUCAGUGUUCAGUAGUCUCCCCUGAUCUGCAGAUAUGGGAAGACCCCCUGUGGAUGUCUCAAACCAUUCAUAAAAUAUAUAGUUGAUGAGUAAAAGUAACAAAAUAUACUGAAAUAAUUAAAUAUACAAUGUGGGGGCUUUCUAUGCUAUUUUAAUAAAAAUUAUAGUUAGGACAUCUAGAGCUUAAUAUUUUUUUCCCAUGUAAUAUCCUAUCUUAACUUAAAAAUUUUUCUGUAGAAUAUCAAAACAGAUUCUCUAGUAUCACUUAUCUAGAUUUCAGAAAUAUUCCAGAUGGUGUGAGACCAAAGAGCAUAAUGAUACCCAUGUUUCACUAACACUUUAGGAGAAAAAAAAAUGUUGUGGGGUUUUUUUGUGUGUGAAGUAAAUUGUCUUUCCACAUGAACACAUCGGAAGUUUCUGGUUCAACAUCUGUGAAAAACUUACAGUAAUUCACCUUUAUAGAGCGACAAGAACUGUGACUCAUGUUUUAUAAUUUACAUAGCUGACAUGGUGUAUUUUCUAUAUCCAAUUCUGUCAUAUGUAGAUAUAUGUGACACAUAUAACAUGUGCAUUCAUAUUCAUUGUGACAUGUAACAUGCAUAUUCUUUGUAUCUUUUUCUCAAGUAGAUCUAUUGUGCUUUCACAACAUAUUGGGGUUGUUGGCCAUUAUUUGGAGUGCUCCUACACUCUAGAAUAGUCACUGUGUUGCAGAGAACUAAAGGGAGUGAGACACAGUGCCUCAUUCAAUCCUAACAUUUUCUUCCUGGUACGGCAUAGCCUUCCAUAUAUCCCGCUGUGAGGUGGCAAUAAUGUUCUUUUGUUCCAAAACAGAACAUUACUUAGAACUUUCUAAAAUACUAUAGAACAUGAAUGUUGACAAUCCCGCAUAUCAUCUAUGUAAACUAAAACACAAGUCACAGUUGUUUUUGUCCUGUAAGGGUGAAUUAUUGCAAGAGCAAAACAAAAACUAUAAAUUCCAUCUUGUAGAUUUGUAGAUUCAGGACAACCAGUUCUGACUGUGACACUCCCAAGAAAUCUGUGUGUAAUCAACAUUGCUUAAGUGUUGUUAGAUAGAUCUAGUGUGAUCUUCUGCUCUUAAAGCUCGAGUACAUCCAAGGGCAUUGAGAAUGGAAAGUCUGAGUUCUGGUACUAGACAAGAGUAGCACUUUAGGCUAGACACAGAGGUUCACACCUGCAAUUCCAGCACUUUGGGAGGCCAAGGCGGGUCACAUCAGGCCAGUAGUUUGAGACCAGCCUGUGCAACAUAGUGAGAACCCCUCUCUACAAAAAAAAAAAAAAAUUGCUGAGCACAAUGGCAUGGACCUGUGGUCCCAGCUACUCUGGAGGCUACAGAGGGAGGCUCACUGGAGCCCAAAAGGUAGAGGCUGCAGUGAGCUGUGAUCAUACCACUGCAUUCCAGCCUGUGUGACAGAGUGAGACCCUGUCUCAGGAAUAAAAAAACAACUUUCCAGUUUCUAAGGAAAAUACUAGCUUGCUUGAUUCUAUUUUCCACUUGUUCAGCCUCAUUGGGCAAUGAAACAAUAACAAGAUUCCAAUAUAAUUUUCAGUCAAAUCCAAAAGCAAGGCAGAAAUAUUCAUUUAAGUGUAUAGUCCAUAGUGCGCUAUGACCCCUGUAAAGAGAUCCAUGAUCAAAUGCAUAGUUUUCAUUUUUGCACGGUGUAAUAGUUCUUGAAGUCUCUGGUGCUUUUUCCUUUGAACAAAAGGCAAUGACAAAUAGAUCAUGACUUUCACUAAAGGAGAUUUCCCUCUUCGUAUAAAUCCUAACCCAGUAAUGCGUGGGGUCUCAGCCAGGUAAUCACUCAAAAAUUCUUUUUUAAAGACUCUGUAGAAUACAGAACCAAGCAGCAAAUCAGACCUGUUUUUGCCUAAAUUUUUCCUUGCUUACAAAACAUUUACCAGUUAAAUAUUAUGUAAUGUCAAGAACCCUAAAUCAAUUCAUGAAUUAAGAAGCGUUGGGGAAAUUGGAAAAUUUUGUGAAAAACGGGUUGACUAACAUCCUAAAUAGCUAAUGCAGAAGUAUAGUUAUGAUGUGAUAUAUAAUACAUUGUGAACUUCAAAACAUUGAUCUAAUAUGACAUAGAAACACAUUAUUAUACCAUUAAAAAUUGAAGGCAUUUUAAGAAUUCGUCUGAUAUAUCUGAUGCACUUGAUCUAAUAAGACUGUUUCUUUCUUUAUACUUGAUCAAAAAAAUUCAUUUGAGGCUGCUAGGAGUGUUUAAGCUUUCCUAUUUACAUGUGGCUUCAGAAGGCUGAUCCCAUAGUGAGCAGUGUCACCAGCAACCCUCUUGAGAGUGGAAAGGCAGGGAUAUUUCUCAUGCUCUUUUUUAUUUUUGGUCAUCACUCUUCCAGAAGCAGUCUUCUUUUUAUUAAAAAAUAUGUAGGCGAUAAGUGAUACAGAUGCACCACGUAUGUAAUGGAGACAAGGCAAAGUCUUUAUCAUAUAGUAUUGAAACACUGGCUCACUGAAUGGAGAAAAAUAAAUGCCUGCAUUGCACAUAAAAAGUUGGACUCCAGAGGGAUUAAAAAGAUGGUUUAAAAAGUAAAACUUUAAAGCUCAUAGAAGAAAAUGUAGGAGAAUUAUGUUUGAGAUAUAGGUAAGGAACUGUACUUCUUCCGAAUGACCCAAAAAUGAUUUUUUAAAGAAUUGGGCUAAGAAAGAAUGGCUAGAACUAUAUUCAAAUGCAAGAUUUCUAGUCAGUGAAUGACACCUUAAAGUUAAUAGGCUGGGGAAAGACUGAAAUAAAUGUUAGCAAUGCAUAAAAUUAAUGACAUUAAUGGAGAGACUUUCCAAGGAAUUGUAAAUCAACAAGUAAAAGGAAACUCAAUAUAAAAAUGAACAAAAGAUGAGAAUGUAAUUUACAAAGGGGAAAGCUGAGUAGCUAAUAAGAAUAGAAAGUGAUGCUGAAAUUUCCCAGUAAUCUGAGAAAUGCAAAUGAAAGUGAGAUACUAUAUCCAUUCCAUUGGUAAAAAUGAGUAAGUUCAUUAACUUCAGGUGCUGGUAAAAGUAUAAGCUGAUUGAGCCAUUUUGGAAAGCAACCUAGGAGUACUGAGAUAGUAAAAUUCAUCAUAUGUCAUCCUAUAGUUCAGUAUUUGCACUUUUGGGUAUAUAGCCAAGAGAACUUGUUCUGAUCCACCCAAAAAAACAAGUACUAAGAUAUUUAUUCCAUUAUUGUUUGCAGUAGUAGACAAUUGGCACACAGAUGUCUGCCUCUUAGGAAGUCAGUGAACUAACUUUGCUGGAUACUUAAUGUGGAAUAUGGUACAGCAGUUAGAAGCAAAGUACUGGACAUAUAUACAGAAAUAAGGGUAGAUCCUUAAAAUUUAGCAUGAUGGGAAACAAGAGUUUUAGCACAAUGCCAUUGAAUUACUUAAAAGCAUAUGCAUGCAUACAUACAAACAUAUUUAAGGCCACAUGUCAAAUACAAAAAGGGGACCCAUUAAGGAGAGGGUAAUGGGACUGGGUUUAGGGAUAAAGAAGAAAAAUAUACAUGUUAUCGUAUUUAAUACAGAAAGCCUUUGACAUAUAUAUUCUUAACCUCACAUAUGAUAUUCUUACUACUACAUAAAUACCUAUAGAAGCUGAGACUCAAAUGGUAAGUAAUUUAUUUAAGGUUGCAUUAUAUAUAAGAGCAGAGCUAGUAUUCAACUCAUAUGUCGGACUCUAAAGCCAAUAUUAUUUCCAUUAUGCAAUUAUAAAAUGAAAAGAAAAAUCAAUGUUAUCCCAUGUCAUUGACAUGUAAUAAACAGCACAUAUUUAUGUACGUGCAUACACCCAUGAAACCAUCUCCCCAGUUAAGACAAUGUAUAUAUUCAUUACCCCAAAAUGUUUUCUUGUGCUGCUUUGUAAUCCCCCCUCUUCCUCCUCCCUGUCCAUCUCACCCUCGUCCCUGGAAAUUCCUAAUCUGUUUUUCUAUAGACUAAUUUACAUUUUUACACUAUAGACUGUUUACAUUUUUUAGAAUUUUAUAAAAAAUGGAAUCAUACUGUCUAUAUUCAUUUCUUGUCUUGCACUUUUGCUCAGCAUACUAAUAUCAGAAUUCAUUCAUGUUGAUCGUGUAUCAGUAGUUUAUUCCUUUACUGUGUAGAAUUAUGUUAUAUGGAUGCACCACAAUUGGCUUAUCUGCUCACUUGUUGAUGAACAUUUUAAUAUCUCCUGGUUUUGGCUGUUACAAAUAAAACUAUCAUGAACAUUUAUGUGCAA